CCAUUCUCUUUCACCUCCCACGACCCACGAGUCCCAAAGCCCAAAGGUGGGCAAUCACACCAUGUCGUAUUGAGAGGCUGUACUGCCCCGAAAAAUAACCGGAUUGAAGGCAAGGACUACCGUUAUUUAUUAGUACACCCCAUAGCCACAUUCCCGGUCAUUUGACGACCACGUUCCAUGUCAGCCCCGUCGAUCCCCAACCUGCUGUCCCUGCGGGGCGGGACGACUGGACGGGGUCGGGGCCGCGGUCGGGGCCGUGACCGGGGUGGCCCAAGCCGGAGUGGCGGCCCCGGACCCGCGCCGGGCCAGACGGACGACGCCACCAUCCAGGGCACCGACACCGAUGCCGCCGUCUCGCGCCUGAGUGCCGUCGAUCUGGGUUACUUGUCGGACCCAUUCGCCCGUCUCUUCGUGCAGGGACCGGCCACCCGCCGCCUCCCCAUCAUCAACAGGGGGACAUACACGCGGACCACCGCCAUCGACAAGCUGGUCGAGCGUUUCCUGGCCACCACUAGCCCUGAUGAGCCAAGGCAGAUCGUGUCCCUCGGAGCGGGCACCGACACCCGCUGCCUACGACUCUUCACCUCGCCUCAGAACCACCGCAACAUUGUCUACCAUGAAAUCGACUUCCCCACUAUCACGGCCCGCAAGCAAGCCAUCAUCAGCUCCAACCCGAUGCUACGGACCGUCCUCUCCACGCCAGAGCCACUCUCCGCGACAACCUGGCAUUCCCGCGCCCUAAGCCCGCCCGAAAACAGCAGCAGCAACAACAACAACAACAACACCAACACGCUAACCCUCCACGGCUUGGACCUCCGCACACUCACCCCGUCCUCGCCUAGGCUCCCUAACCUCCUCACCACCGCCCCGACCCUCCUCCUGUCCGAAUGCUGCCUCUGCUAUCUCCCCGCCCCGCAGACCGUCUCCCUCCUCGGCCACUUCACCACCCACCUCCCCAGCGGCUUCCUGGGGCUGGUCCUCUACGAGCCCAUCCUCCCGCACGACGCGUUCGGCCGGACGAUGGUGUCGAACCUCGCGGCGCGGGGGAUCGCCAUGCCGACGCUGGACGCGUACCCGACGGCGGCGGACCAGGAGCGGCGGCUGCGCGAGGCCGGCUUCGAGCGCGCGCGGUCGCGGACCGUCGACGGCGUCUGGGAAGACUGGAUCGGCGAGCGCGAGAAGGAGCGGGUCGACGCGCUCGAGGGCGGCCUGGACGAGGUCGAGGAGUGGCGCCUGCUGGCGGGCCACUACAUCGUCGCAUGGGGGUGGAGGAGGGCCGGCGGCACGGGGGAUCUGGACGUCGGCGGGGAGGGCGGCGGUCCAGGGGGGUGACGAUAUGGUUUUUGAAGUGAAGAGGCCGAAGAGAAGGGGGGAGGGGUGAGGGGGGGAGGAAGGAAAGGAAAAGUCACUGUGUGGGGGGUGGUUGUCACUUAGUUAUCAUCGGCCAGAUCGAGUGGCUCGGUUUAUUUUUUUUUUUCCUCA